AGUUUUUUUUUAAAAUUUUUUUUUUGCAAACACCCUAAUUCACCCCCCUCUUAGGGUGUAAACCGAUUUUCAAUUGGUAUCGGAGCAGGAAGUUUGAUCCUUUCACACUCAUCUUUUAUCUCUUUUUACGACACAUGGAUUCAAUGAACUCCCAAAGCAUUACCAAGCCACCAUUCUUCAAUGGGGAUAACUAUGGCUAUUGGAAAAUGCGAAUGGAGAAUUUCAUUCAAUCUAUUGACUAUGAUUUAUGGAUAGUCACUACUCAUGGUCCGUUUGUUCCUAUGACAACUGUAGGUGAACACCAAGUUCCUACUCCAAUGGACAAACUCACCACCGAAGACAAGAAAAAACUCUCCUUGAAUGCCAAAGCAUUGAACGUGUUGUUUUGUGCCUUGGGACAAGAUGAGUUUGCUAGGGUGAGCUCUUGCAAAUCCGCAAAGGAAGCAUGGAAGCUCCUAGAAGCCACCCAUGAAGGAGAUAAAGACACAAAAGCUACCAAGAUAGCUUUAGGAACAUCCGAGUAUGAAAACUUCAAGAUGAAGGCCGGAGAAUCUGUUCAAGAUAUGAACAAGCGAUUCAACCUCAUUGUCAACAAUUUGAGUGGGUUCAAGGCUUACGCCGACCCACAUAUCAUUGUUGGGAGAACCCUUAAACAAGAUGACAUCCCGGUUCCCGUUCUUGAACUAAUUCAAGAACAAGGUUGGAGUUUCUUUCUUCAACUCCAAGCCCCCGUUUACCCGGACCUCGUUCAUCAAUUCUAUUCUUCUAUGAAAUACUAUCCCGAAGACCCUUCCAUUACUGCCGUAGUUGCUGGAAAAACCUUCGGAUUCAACACCCAAAACCUUGCCGAAUGGUUUCACCUAGAGCGUCCAGGAGUCUCCACCUAUUGCAAAAAGGGGUGGAUUACCGACUCACGAGACUUUAACUCCGAUUCUUGCCUCCGAGUGCUAAACAACAUUGCCCUUAACCAUGUCUUUGAGGACCCGAACUACUUCCCUCGUAGGCCAAAUGUCCAAGACUUACCCGCAAAUAGGUUCAUCCUUCUCAAAAUCCUCAAAGAAAAUGUCAUCCCGGUCCUUAACAAAGAUAAACAAGUUGGGGUUUAUGAAUGCACUCUUCUAUAUUGGCUCCUAACUCACAAGAAAAUCAAUCUCCCUUCCAUCAUCCUAAAACUCAUGUACGAAUGCUCCGGUCGCCAAAACAAACCCUAUGGCAUGCUUCUUACCCACAUCUUUGCCAAGAGGGAAAUUCUUGAGGUGCGCCCUUCUCGUGUCCGCUAUCUUGAUGCGGAGUGCCUUGGCUAUUGUGGCCUUGUGAAGAUUGGAGAAGCGUACUACAUGAAGAAGGAGUUUCAAAAUCUUGAUGAAGCUACACGAGCGGACGAUGGAGGCAAGGUUGGCCCGGGCCUGGGGUUCGGCUGUGGCAGGCGUGACGUUGUCCAACCGCUUGGUGAAGGUUUGGGUGCUGAUCAUCCAAAGCUUCGUGGCCUUUGUGAGCGAGCCAAGAGUGGUGGUUACCUUGAACCGUUCAAGGAUGUCCAUCACCACAAACGGGUAUGGGAGGAGGUGAACGUGGUCGGUGGACGCGGCGACCGACAUGUUGAUCAUGACAAACUUUGCCCAAUUGAUCGGGGCCAGAAGGAGCCGGCUCUCGGGAAUUGCAGAGUGGAUGGUGGGGCGGCCCGAGGCAUGGCGGAUGAGCUCGGUGAUGCCAAGCUCGUUGAGGAUAAGGCCCUCGUUGUUGAGCACCCAGUCCUCUCCUCCAUAGUGGGAGACGUCGUCGCCUUGGUAGGGGAGGCCGGCGAUGCGCCCAAGUUGCUCAACGGAAAGCUCAAUCGGCGUGCUCUUGACAUGAGAGUAGAGCACGUCGUCCUCACGCCGGAGGUUGGAGUAGAAGGCCCGGAUCAGCACCGGGUUGAUCUCCUUCCGAGCCCGGGACACAAACGCGAUGUUGAAAAAGGGACUGCGCUGUUGAAAGAGAUUCUGGAAAGCAUAAGCGCUGUUGGGUCUCCUGGACAGCGCUGUUUGCAUGCUUCCCCCUGAUUUCAUGAACGGGGAAAUUGCAUGGCCAUGCUGAGAUGCUUUUAUGACGUCUGUUCCUAUUAGUCGGACUUGAUAAAUCAGUGAAUGACUUAAUGGAUACAAGUUGGAUUUUAUUAAUCCCUUGCAUUAAGUUUAGACAUUGAGACAAAGGGAUACAGUUACACGGAGUCUGAGUCGUGGAAAGGAGAUGAACCUCCGAAUCGUUCUUAACUGUGAGAGGAAACUCUACAUCCUCGAAACGGAUCCUCCCAAGACCCCUGAUGCUAAUGCUCGUGCGUCCGAACUCACUUCCUUCAAGAAGUAUGAGGACGACGCACGAGAUGUAAAGUGUAUCAUUAUGGCUAGUAUGACCGCGGAGCUCCAAAGGCUCCACGCGGACAUGAAAGUGCGUCCUAUGAUACAAUGCUUAAGAGACCUUUACCAGGGUCAACCCCAAAACUCAGGUAUUUACGUUAUCGAAGUCAAUAUGUCUGAUAUCACCUCUUGGGUGAUGGAUACUGGAUGUGGUUCUCACAUCUGUACUUCUAUGCAGAACUUGCAUGAAUGUAGACAAUUGACGGAGGGAGAGAUACAACUAAAAGUCGGCAAUGGCGCACUCGUCUAUGAAUUGGCCGUCGGAACCUAUAGUUUAUCUCUACCUAGUGGUCUAAUAUUGCAUUUGAAUAAUUGUCUGUUUGUACCUAGUAUGAGCAGAAACAUCAUUUCUGUAUCCUGCCUUGACAAAGCAGGAUUUUCAUUCGUUGUAAAAGACAAAACUCUUUCUGUCUUUAGAAAUGAUAUAUUUUAUGCAAGUGCAAAAAUGACCAACGGUCUCUAUGUCCUUGACAUGGAUACCACAAUAUAUAACGUAGAUGUUAAGAGAAACAAACCUAACAGUUUGAAUCUCGCGUACCUUUGGCAUUGUCGUUUGGGCCACAUUAACGAGAAACGCAUAUCUAAGUUACAUCGUUC